AAGGACAUUCCCCCGCACACUGUCGACUCUUGGACUGGGAAAUACUCAUCCCUGCCCAUCAGGCCCCUCCUUCAUCUGGAUCGCACCGCCUCCAUCAACCUCAGCAACUUCUCCUCCUCCUCCUCCUCUUCUACCACCUCUUCUACCGCCUCCCUAGAACUUUGCCCUCUCCCUCCACUACAAACACAACAACACCCUAUAGAGCCAAUGAAGGGCUCAAUGGCUUCGUUGCCCUCGUCUUUCAAAAUCAUGGCACACAAUAUCAUAAGCUCCAGGAAAAGCCGCCGCCACCUUCUUCUCGUGCUCCUGUUCUCAAUCAUCAUCUUUCUGUUCCUCACCUUCCAGCAGUCGAGCGUCGUCCUCGACCUUGGGUCCUAUGGGGGGUUCUAUGGAUUCGAUAGUUCAAGGCGGCCGAUUACGAGAGAGAACCAUCAGUAUCGAGGAAAGACCGUUGCAAGACUAGUCGAGAUCCCAGAGGCAACAUGGACCUGUACAGAUGAUCAUCUCUCGGAGGAGGAGAAGGAUACGCAGUCGAACCGACGCACUCGACAGUGCGUUGUCGAGAACCUAUGCGUGGAUCGUAAAGGUGCCUUUAUUCGAGGAAGCGGGGGAUACCGUCUGGAGAAUAUGCCAAAGGUCAACCUGCUAUCGUCCGACACGCAGUCCGAUGUCUAUUGGCAGCCGAGAGUGGAGCGGAUCUGGAGCAAGACCAUGAAGGCGCACUAUGUCAACGAUACCCUGUUUGUCCAUGGAUUAUACUCGCCUUUCCAUUUCUCACAUUGGCUUUAUAACGGCAUGAUGCCUCUGUACAGUACGAUGAGGCGAUUUGGUGGCACAAAGAAUUCCUGGACCUUCCGUGCCGCCCGCUUCUCCUGGGAUCCGAUUGACCGUCAAGGCACUUGGGAGAUGGACCACUUCUUCCAAACCGGUCAAGAACUUGUCCUCUCCCAAUAUGAACUCGCGACCUCGUUCCAGACCUUACCCCCGUCUGAUGCACCCGUGUGUUUCCGGAGGGCCGUCAUCGGCUUGGGAUCUCAAUGCGCGUUGGAUUACUGUGAAAAGAGCAUCCCUGCGGAGAUCUACCAAUCCUUCAGGGACGAAAUCGCAGAGUAUUAUUGGCAGACACCACAGAUAUGGGAAAGGCACCUGAGCAUCAUGAAGCAGACGAUUCGUCGAGAAGCCAUUGAUGAGGUCCUGAGAAAAGCGAAGAAGAAGGACGAUGGGACACCAAUUAAGUGCUUGGAACUGGCGAGGUAUUACAAUUUUGAAGAGGCCGGCCCAGGUCAUGGAGUAGAGCCGGAAGAGAAGAAGAACCGAGUCGGACAGCGGUUUCCGGACGUUUCAGAUCCGGAGCAGGACUAUCAGAAUCGGUACACGGAAGCUGAAGAGAACGGGGGGAGCAAGCGAAAGCUGGUGGUCGGGAUCAUUCAGCGCGAGAAGUCAAGAAGGCUGAUCAAUGACCAGGAGCUCAUCAACAGUCUCGUCGAAGCUGGAUUCCGAGUCAAAUGGAUGAGUUUCGAUCACGGAUGUGGACUCGCCGAGACGGCCUACCUGCUACGAGACGUUCAGGUCCUGAUCUCGCCGCACGGAAACGCGAUCGGCACAUCGGUCUUCAUGCCCACGACCGAACCAGUACCGACCUUGAUCAGUGUCGAUUCGUCUCGGUAUUGGGAGAAUUGGUUCAAGUACACGGCAACGGCGAUCGGACAGCGGUUCAUCUCCACAGCCUGUGGACCCUCGGAUUACAAAGAUGAAGCGACUAAGGCGCAGUGUCCGUUCUAUAAAGAUUUCGCCGCAGGAAAGAAGCAGAUCGAGAACAACAGGCUGAUUCUAGGUAUCCCAGCAUCGAUGGUCAAAUCGGACGAAGAGAAGAAAAAUAUGUCGAAUAGAGAGCUGGGCCGAUUGGCGGACCGUAACCGGGCCUAUGUCAGGGGCCAUCCUGAGGCCCAAGCAUUGGCAGCAGAGGAGCUGGAGAUCUUGAUCGGCGCCGAAUUGCCGGUCUCGCUGAUUCAGAAGUACGGUGAGGACGUAUGGUCGUUUCUCUCGGAAUUCUGGAAGGCGAUGCCACGAUAUGUGGAUGUGACACGUGUAAUCAAGUUUAUGCAGGCACGACAGGCGGAUCUCGAGCGUGAGAAGCAGGAGAACCUGAAGAACAGUGCGAGCGAGACGAUGACGAAGACUCAAAAGACGUUCGGACAGUACCUGGACUAUGUGAAGGAGGGUAAGGCGUGUGGGUUUGAGCAAUGCGAGACAAUGUUGAACAGGAACGUGGUACAGGACUCGAGCGCGUUUGCGCAGUAUUCGACGGACAAUAUCGACAAGUGGGGCCAGCAUAAGCCAGAGAGUGAGGCGAUGAGACAGGGGAUCACGGAGCUGAAGAACUGGAUCUUUGACGUUUAGAAGCGCAGUGGUAUAUCCGUAUACCUUUUUUUUAUUUCUAUAUGUACCAUUAGCGACAUUAUUUUCCAGUAGUAUCAAGGGCUAAUAUCAAAGCGGUUUAUUGCGAACUGGCGUUGGACGAGUUGCUGUGGUUC